ACAAAUGGGGCUGGCAACGGAAAGCUCAUGUAGAUGUCGCCACCAUAAUUCUGUCCCUGUCAAGUUGUUUGAGGUUGUGUGUCAUUUUGAUUCGGUUGCGUUUCAGGCGAUAUUAUACUACCAUCCGUGAGUGUUAAGUGUUAAAACAAGUUUAAAUUGAUUAAUAACAAUGUAUUCUACAUGGACAGUUCCUCAACUGAAAAAGGAAUUGAAGGAACGAGGUGCUUCUUUACGUGGAAAAAAAGCAGACCUAAUCGAAAGAUUGGAGAUUUACGACCAGAAUUUCAACUUCGGAAAUCGGGAAAAUGUUGAAACAGACGAUCCAGCGAUGAAAUUACCUUCUAAUGAGUGCUACCGUGACAUAAAUAGUCACACAAAAUUACCUCCAUUAAAUAAAACACAAAUAAGACAUUAUUUAUCAUACACUAGCAAAAAAAUGGAUAAAGUGGCUCAACUGUAUGAAUCUCGACACUUAGUUACAGCACGAUCCCACACCUCAUCAAAUGAAACAUAUAUCAAAGGGAUUUGCAGAAAAAGUAUGAAGAAACUGCAUUAUAGUGUAGAUAUUAAAUUCGAUGAAUAUGGGAACAUCAUGGAAGCACACUGUGAGUGUCCAGCAGGUAGCGGAAGUAAUGCUUCAUGUAAACAUGUUGCUGUUCUUUUAUUUGGCAUAGAACAUAUGGUACAUGCAAAACAAAUUUUAUUAUUUGAAACCUGCACUCAGAAGUUGCAGCAAUUUCAUGUACCAACAUCUCGAUAUUCAGGAACACCUAUCCGUGCCGAAAAAUUGACACGUAGAAGAAAUUUGCCAGUAAUAUUUGAGCCCUAUCCUGUCAAUAAAAUAAACAAAAUCAACUAUGAUAGUAGGGUUCGAAGUUUGGUUUUAAAUUUCCCUAAUAGCUCUAUGCCUCUCAAACAAAUGUAUGAACCUGCCAAUCCCUAUAGCUUAGAGAUAGAUCACAAUUAUACUCUAGAAGAUAAAAAAUCAAAAAUCUUGAAAAAUUUGCUGGUGUCAGAAAUAACUGAGGAUCAAAUAAAAAAAAUUGAAGAGGAAACACGUUUUCAAAGCAACAGUGAUGAAUGGCAUAACCAAAGGCAGAAACAUAUAACGGCUAGCACGUUCCAUACAAUAUGUCAUUUAAGAGAGACAACAAUGAAGGUCUACGCAAAACAACUGCAACAAAAGAAGAAAACAUUCUUCAGCAGAGCAACAAGCCAUGGCAUUAUAAAUGAAAAAAUUGCAUUAGACAAAUAUUGUCAAAUGUAUGACCUCAUAGCAGAGCCUUGUGGGCUUUUCAUCAGCAAAGAACGGCCUCAUCUUGCAGCUUCACCAGAUGCAUUGUUGGGUUCAGAGACUACGAUAGAAAUAAAAUGCCCAUAUGCAAGCAGAUCUCAAAAUAUAACCUCUACAAGUGUGCCUUAUUUAUAUGAAAUUGAUGGUAUUUUGAAUUUAAAGAAAAAUUCUCCAUAUUAUUACCAAAUUCAGGGGCAGUUGUACUGCACUAAUAGAAAAUAUUGUAACCUGGUGAUAUACACCUAUAUUGAUUUAAAAGUGGUAUAUGUUUACAGAGAUGAACAAUUUAUAAAAGAAAUGUUAUUGAAAUUAGAUAAUUUUUUUGAAAAUUAUUAUAAGGGUGAACUUUUAAAUAAGUAUUUAUAUUAUAAUUAUGAAGAUUUUAAUAAAUAAUGAA